AUUCAAAUAUUUUUAAACGCUUACUUGCCUUUAUCCUAACUCGUCACAUCCCACCGUUUUAGCGUUCCAAAGUCCCACACUCUCUCCAUUUUCUCUUCUUCUUGUUCUCCUCCUGGUCUACUUCUUCUUUUUCUCCCUUUCAUGGCAUCUGGACCAGAAGGAACGGAGCCGGUGAACUACCAGACGUGGGUGCUGAAGGUCUCGAUCCACUGCGAAGGAUGCAAGAAGAAAAUAAAAAAAAUUCUGCAUAAAGUCAAAGGGGUUUAUUCUAUAGAAAUCGAUGCACAGCAGAACAGGGCAACGGUCACCGGCAACGUCGACGCUGAAUCCUUAGUUCAAAAGCUUCUCAAGUACGGCAAGCACGCCGAGGUCUUGCCGGAGAAGAAUUCUGCCGGCACAAAUUCCUCCGCCGCCGCCGCCUCCCCCGCUGUGAAAACUGAAGCAAAGGGAAACGAGAAGGCCGGAUCUGGAGCUGCAGCUGUUGCCGCAGUCUCUGCUCCUGAAACAGAGGAGAAAAAGAAAGCGGAAAAGGAAAAGGGGAAAGCCGCUGAGCCUCCGGAGUCCCCGCCGGCAACCGCAGCAGCCUCUGAUGAGGUUACUGCUCCUAAGCCUGAGACUGAUGCAACUUCACAAGCGGAGAAGAGCAUCUCCGAGAAGGCGGCAGCUUCCGACGCCUCCAGCAAGAAGAAGGGUAAGGAAGUGAAAAGAGAAGAAACGAAGCCAGAUGAACGGGAGGUCUCCAGCUCCAACAACGUAACCGUUGCGAAUCCUCCCCCAGCUAUUCCUUCUCCGGCGAACAUUCAGCCGGUUUACACCACGGUUAGUUACCACACCGCUAAUCCGAGCACAAGCUACGCUUACUACGCGGAGCCACCGCCGGAGAUGCCUUCUAGCUACGCCUACCAUGGCAACCUACCGCCUCCACCGGAUUAUCCCCCGCCAGCUGGAUACUCGCCGGAUUCUUAUUAUUACUCGUCGGAAUCAUAUUACCGGUCGUUGGAUCAGCCGUCGUCCUCGGCUGGAUCGUACGAUAUGUUCAACGAUGAGAAUCCAAAUGCUUGCAAACUAAUGUGAUAAUUUUGCUGAUGGAAAAUCGGUGGAAAAAAAUUCGCCGGUUUUUUUUUCUCGGAAUUAUCGGAAUUUUAUUUUUUCUUUCUUUUUUUUAAUGGUUUCUGUGCCUUGUAUUUGUCUUUGGUAAGUUAAUAAAAGAGUGAUGGUGUUGGCUAGU